ACGUUUAAACUGUUGUGAUGUAUAUGGUAUACACCUGCCAGGUAGCUAGCUAGCUUAGCAUAUUGAAGAAUAAAACACUGAACCUAGAGAUGAAGAAAUGUACAGUAGUAAAUCUGGACAAGUUUAUUGAUGAUUUCACUCAUCUGGAACAGGUAACUUUAACAUAAAGUAGGAGGACAGCUAGUUCUUCAGGUAGGUAAGUUAACGUUAGCCCGCUAGCUAGCCAGUAACUAAUCUAGCUAGCUAGCUAAAUAACUUAAAAUAGCCUAUGAGCAGGCUAUGCUGAAUUUGCCUUAAAUUAAUCCUGUCAUGAAAGUGGCAGUAACAACAGUUCCACCACUGCCUGAGGAUUUCAAUAAAAUUACAGAGCUCAAGGGUAAAAACAACAUAUUGGAGAUCAAGUUGGAUGAGACCAACAGAGUUCUGAAAAUUUCUCAGACCAAAGAGAAGUGCUUGAUUGAGGAGCGAGAUGGGAUGUUGGGGACAGUGAAGGGACUCCAGCAGACUCUACUGCAGCAGUGUGACCUCAGAGUGGAGAAUGAAAAGUUGAAAAGCACUGUGUCAGACCUAAAAAGGCAGAGUGAUAUGACAGUAGAGGAGCGGGAAGCUGAGAUUCAGAGGCUGGUGGCAGAGAUGAGAGCUGUGGGAGAGAGAUAUCAGAAGGAGUUGGAAUCUCUGAGAGACCAGUGCAGGAGAGGGGUGGAGGACACUCACAGAGAAACACAGAGCAAACUUGAGGCGAAAGAUGCAGAACUGAAAGAGGCCCUGGAGAGGAAGGAGUCAGAUAUGGCAGAGAUGAGAAGGAGAAUGAGGGACCAGGAGAGAGAGAGGCAAAGUGAAAUAUUAAAGUUACAAAUGGAGUUUGGUGCUAAGCUUGCCAGGGUGCAGAGUACCACACAGAGGAUCCAGCAGCAGCCCCAGGGCUCAGGUCUUUUACCUCAGAACAUCUUCAAACGGAAGUUCCAGUUCCUUCAGGAGGAGAAGAACAGAGAGGUCGAGGCCCUGCGCCAGAGAAUCAAGGAAUUGGAGAAGCAGCACGCCAGCGGAUUCAGUGACUCCCGUCUAAAGAGAAAGAAGAUUUAGCAUAUUUAAAAUAUGCAGGAGUGAAAUUCAUCUACAGUUGUGCCUUUGUAUUCUUUUUGGUAUAGUGUUCCUGGUGUUUGCUCUCAAACAGUAGUUGGGUCAUUCUACGAAAUGAGUGCUUUUUCAUUGUUUAAAUACAAAUUGUGCACCAAUAUUGAAUUUUAAAAGCCUGUUAUGUUAAUUGAUGUGCCCUUUAAUAUAGACCACAUGGAGAAUUCAAUAAAUCAGAUUUUAUUUAUAUGAGU